CAGUACUGUAGCAUCCUCGCAAAGUGCUUUGGGACAUCGAGCGCGUGGCCAUACAGCUCACCAAGGGAGAACAGAACCAGCUCCUCUCUUGUCGUCUUUUCCUUCUGCCCAAGCAUUGAGUCGGCUCCUUGUCUGCACCAUGGACAUCACAAAAGCUGCCACCGAACCUAUACUGGCCAAGUUCUAUCGACAAUACUUGCAGGUGAUUGAUGAUGUUACAUACCCACCUGGACCCCUCUUGGUCAAGCAGGAUGUGCAAAACUGCCUGUACAAGUAUUUCUUCGACGCAUCUCAGAAUAAAUUCUUGCCGCCUGCCAGGUACCAAGCUAGAAUAUUGAAACACAUUAUCCAAGAGAUUGAAAAAGCAUGCAAAGACCCCGAGGAAGACCAAGUCUCAGAUCAGCUCAUGGAGCACAUGGCGUACCUGUCGACGAUCCCACAACAAUCUCUAACGGACGAAGCUCAGCAACUCUAUGUCCAUUCUUACUUUCCGCCACUGCCACUCGACAAGUCCGGCGUCCAGCCAGUGCUCAUCAAGGAAGCUCGCAAUCUGCUCUCCAAAGGCAACAACGUCGGCCUCCGAACCUGGGAAGCCGCUCUGCAUUUGGCAUGGUUCUUGACUGUCCAGCGACCCGACCUCGUCAAAGAGCGCAACGUCCUCGAGCUAGGCGCAGGCACUGGCUUUUUGUCAUUGCUCUGCGCCGGAUACCUUCAAGCUUCGCUCGUCCUGGCCACCGACGGUCUCGGCCAUGUUUGUGAGGGUCUGCAAGCAAACCUCGAUCUGAAUGUCGACAACGAUACUCUGCCUGGCCACAGGCCUCCUGUAGUCCGCCAACUAGACUGGACCGAUCGACCUGAGAUCGACCAAUUACUUGCUGAGGCCAAACAAUCUAGAACGAGCUAUGAUCUGAUCAUAGGUGCCGAUAUUACAUAUCACCCUGACAUCCUACGUCCUCUAGCAGAACUGCUCAGCCUGCUCAAGGACGCGUUUCCAGAGGUGGCAAUCCUCAUUUCGGCCACGAUCCGCAGCGACACGUUUGCCAACUUCGUGGCGAUUUGCCAGGAAUUAAAGUUCCAAGUCACAGAAAUGCCCUGUAAGAUCCCCGAGGGCUUGCGGAAUUGCGGUUUCUUCCAUUCGGUAGCUACAGAGAUCAAGAUCGUCUCUCUGGAGCGUUGACGACGAAUCGGGGGAGCGCACUGCCAGAAAAGAUUGAGAGGUAAUGCUGGACCCUGAUCAUGAGAGUCACUGGUUUUCCGCCCUGGUUUCUGGUCAAGCCUACCAUGGAUCUAGGCACUAGAGGGGUUCGCUAGAGCGAAAUUAUUGAUUAUAUUCAGCCGGAGAGCUAUAACUCGCAUCGGCACGAUACAGAGUAUAUGUUGUGGCAUAUUAGGUUGCCGGGGUAUCAUUUCAGUAAUAGGGCAAGAAGCCGCCCAAAUCUCGACCCUUCUAGGCCAAUGAAUAUUCCAGGAGCUGAAAAAUGAAGGGCUGGUAUUUC